GAUUCAGCAGCUGAAUUAAACUCUCUUAUAUAGCUGCAUGUUAAAUUAGUCUAUGGAUGUUAUAGUCUAGAAGUUAUCGAUCACCUUAUGUCAUAAAGGAAUCUAUAGCUGCAGUUCAGCCCUCUCAGCCUCUGCAAGGCAAUCUGCCCAUCUCGUCUUACAGAUACCAGGAGUUUUGUUAAUAUGCUUCGAUCGGACCGUGUUUACUCUUCAUUCAAGGAUCCGAGAAUAGCCGUACAGCCUGAGCGGUCGGUGCUUAAAAAGCCGGGCUGUGUGGAAGGAAGUGACACGCCACCUUCCACUACACACUCCUGGAGAGAUUAGCGCGCAGGCGGCGGUAAUCUGUUUCAGCACCACGGCCAGAGACACUGCGUGGCCAUGAAUCCUGUCGAAAGUUGCCUCACGCGCGCCGCAAACUUCCAAGGACACCGAAAAGUGUGACCAAGUUGCAGAGGAUCGAUGAAGUUGGACUGAAGAUGUUUGCUGGGAUUUGGUCUUCUGUAGCUGCGGUGAAGUAAAUCUCAGGAUAAUUGAGCUUCAACAGAAAGUAGAAAUCCACUUUUUUUGGUUGUUUUAUGUGAGUAAGACGCGCGUCAGGGCGCACAGAGUCCGCGCGUCGGUUCGGUCCUGGAGUCGUGAGGAUGGAGAUCCGGACGGACAGGUUUAAGGCCGUGACAGCCAAAACUCUUGGGAAAAUAUACGGCGCGCUUGAGAAGAAACAGGAAAAUGGAGAGACCAUCGAACUGUCUGCGGAGGGCCGGCCUGAGCUGGUGGAGGAGAAGGAGAUGCCCGUGGUGGACUGCACGUGCUUCGGCCUGCCCAGGCGCUACAUCAUCGCCAUCCUCUCCGGCAUCGGCUUCUGCAUCUCCUUUGGCAUCAGGUGCAACCUGGGCGUGGCCGUCGUCAGCAUGGUGAACAGCCACAAAAUCUUUAGAGACAACAAGGAAGUAAUUGUGAAAGCACAGUUUGAAUGGGAUCCAGAGACGGUGGGGUUGAUCCAUGGUUCUUUCUUCUGGGGAUACAUAGUGACCCAGAUCCCUGGAGGGUUCAUCUGCCAAAAGUUUGCAGCAAACAGAGUGUUUGGAUUUGCUAUAGUGGCCACAUCUUGCCUGAACAUGCUCAUCCCCACAGCGGCUCGGAUGCACUUUGGCUGCGUGAUCAUUGUCAGGAUAUUUCAAGGACUUGUGGAGGGGGUUUCAUAUCCAGCUUGUCAUGGUAUUUGGGCUAAAUGGGCCCCGCCUCUUGAAAGAAGUCGUCUGGCCACAACAGCCUUUUGUGGGUCUUAUGCCGGUGCUGUGAUCGCCAUGCCUUUAGCUGGAAUCCUGGUUCAAUACUCCGGAUGGUCGUCUGUUUUCUACGUCUACGGAAGCUUUGGUGUCAUGUGGUACUGCUUCUGGAUCCUGGUGUCGUACGAGAGUCCAGCAGCGCAUCCCACCAUCACCGAAGAGGAAAGGAAAUACAUCGAGGAGAGCAUCGGAGAGUCGGCCCAGCAUUCAGUGACGAAGUUCAACACCCCCUGGAGGUCUUUCUUCACCUCCAUGCCUGUGUACGCCAUCAUCGUGGCCAAUUUCUGCAGAAGCUGGACCUUCUACUUGCUCCUCAUCAGCCAGCCUGCGUACUUUGAGGAGGUGUUUGGAUUCGAGAUAAGCAAGGUUGGGAUCGUUUCUGCACUUCCCCACCUGGUUAUGACCAUCAUCGUGCCUAUCGGUGGGCAAAUUGCGGAUUAUUUGCGGUCUAACCAAAUUAUGACCACCACCAACGUCCGGAAACUCAUGAACUGUGGAGGGUUUGGCAUGGAGGCUACCUUGCUGCUGGUGGUCGGUUUCUCACACACUAAAGGUGUUGCCAUCACAUUCCUUGUCUUGGCUGUGGGUUUCUCCGGUUUUGCCAUUUCAGGUUUCAAUGUCAAUCACCUGGACAUCGCACCGCGGUAUGCUAGUAUCCUCAUGGGUAUCUCUAACGGCGUGGGGACUCUGUCAGGGAUGGUUUGCCCGCUCAUCGUUGGCGCCAUGACGAAGAAUAAGACGCGUGAGGAGUGGCAGGGUGUGUUUCUCAUCGCUUCACUCGUUCAUUAUGGAGGCGUGAUAUUCUAUGGCCUCUUUGCAUCCGGAGAGAAGCAGCCCUGGGCCGAGCCGGAGGAGCUGAGCGACGAGAAGUGCGGCAUCCUGGACGAGGACGAACUUGCGAAUGAGACGGAGGAACUGUACCGCACGAGCGGCGGCGGGGGCUACGGAGCCAUGAACACGGCGUCGGAUCCAAACGGAGGUGCAGCAGGCGGAGGAGGAGGCUGGGUCUCCGACUGGGACAAAACUGAGGAGUACGUCCAACCGGCUGGAACCAAUAGUUAUCUUUACGGGGGAGUGGACGAGCGAGAGUGACCACGAAAGCAGCAAAUUCUGCGCACAAAGCAAACACCAGCAGUGUGGAACAAACUUACAAACAGGUGUGUGAGUGCAAACACACCUGAACUGAUGUCAAACGGACCUGCACAGUGGAACUGACCACUCUAGUACGUGUAAAAAGUGUGUUUUUGUGACUGGAGUUGUGCACCCAGACUGUGUUUGAUGGUGGCUGUCUUUGAUGUUUGUGUUCAAUUUUACAAACUAGAAAGCCCCGCCCACUUUUCUCCUCUUCAUCACAUUUUAACUCCAAAGGAAUAACAGAGGAUAAAACGCGUCCUGCAGAGCCGCUCCUCGUGCUGAAGAGGAUUCAAGCUUCUAAUGAUGUUAGCUCAACAGGGUUCCUCUUCCACUUAGAAAAAUAAGAGUUUCUGUACCUUGCAGUGAAAUAAAAACAUACAUUUUCUCUAAAAUUAGCUAUAAUUUUUGUCCUUAACCACCUGCACACAAUUGAUUAAAAAAAAAACAUUGUGCCAAUACAACAAGUUUUACUCUGUAGUAUUGGAUUCUUUAGGAUGGCGAGGAACACUUUGAAUCUUCACUUCAUGCAGCGUUCUGUGUGGAUUUUUCUUUUAACAGAACAAAACUUGGAACACAAAGUCUCUGAUCUGCCUGCCUGCUGACAAACGGAGGAUCAAAAGACGUCUCAGACCAGAAAGGGUGUCACCAGGCAGGAAAAUAAUUGCACCUUUAUAUUUUCUUUCACUCCAUCCCCACAACAAACACUUUUGAGACUGUUCUCAAAUCAAAAACCUUAAUUUUGAUGUAUUAUUUAUUAGUUAUUCUCUGCAGUCAGAGAUAGAAGAAAAUGUUUACUGUAAGACAUUUCAGUGAGUUUUGUUCUUAGCAAGAAUGUAUUUAAAGGUUUUAAGCUGUGUUCAUUGAUAGAGAUGACUUUAAUUUGUAGAAUUUUUACCACUUUUCAUUGAAAUGAUUGUUAAAUGUUUUCCUCGUGAGCUGAAACUGUAAAACAAACGAUAAACAUGUGGAAAUAUUGUAUAAUAAAACCUAGAGGUGUGGG